GUUGACUGCUGCCUUCGUGGCUUUGCCGACCCUCUUCUUCUCGUCUGGACUCCUCGCGUGAAGCCUUGCCUUGGUCGUCUCUUUGGAUGCAGCUGGCUGAUUUAUUGGCUUGCGCUCAUGUCGCGAUUUAGGCCCGCCCGUGCCUCGUCUCCUGCCAAAGUCCCCAGUGUACCCGCCAUCGCUCACGAGAUACUGGAUGAAUCGCGAUCCUCAAGUACGACCUUUCCCGAACUCGCUGGCCUUUCUCCGGAGGAGGUCGACUUUAUCGACGCGGUAAUUCAACGCGCGCCAGCCACGUCCACUACGUUUCUGUCGGCGUUCAAGGCGUACAACGAUGUCCUCCAGGACCGCGGCCUCGAUCCGCAGAACGAGGUCGUUUACUAUGGGAAGCUCUUGAAACUUGGCCUACUGAAAGGCAAGAACUGGGGAGAUAAGUGGCACUCGAUUAAGCAGCAGCACGGCUAUGUUGCUGGAGCAGCAGGCGGUAGCCAGCGGACGACGCGAGUUGCGCGAGGUAGUCCUGCUUCCCAUAGGGUUACAACGCGACUGACAAGAGGCCUCGCCAAGACGGAGCUCGAGGACACAUUCACGCUUCACUCCCACCCCAACGGCACACAGUCACCCCCGACAGAACAAGAUAUGACCGAGAACGACACCGCAAUGCUACAAUACCAUGACACGCCCCGCCCUGCCCGCCGGCCGUUCUCUCCGGCGGUCACCUCUACGACGAACUCGUUAGGACUUCAUACGGGUCCGCCAUCGUCACGAUACUACCCAAAGACAGCCUCUCAUGCACCUUCCAGGCCUGUCCCCCCAUGGAACGACGCAGAUUCUGAGGUCACUGGCGACUCUGGCGCCCCGCCCUCUACGAUCCCUCCAUCGUACGGCGCUGCGAUGAGGGACGGGACUCCCAUGCGCCCCGCUACGCAUGCCCUGUCUCGGCUAGCAGCGAAAGGCCUGAGCCGCCCUGCGUCGCCGUCACCCGCACUACCUACAGCGCCGAAACCAGUACCCACCGCAAUUGAGCGUCGCAAGAGCGCCAUCAAUGAAGAUGACGCGUGGAAGAAAAUCAAAGAGGCACAGGAUUGCAAGGAAGCAGACCGCUUCCGAGAAGACAAGCUAUUAGAACGUUGUUGGGAGGUCUGGAAGCAGGGCUUUCAGUGGAUCAUCACGACCCAUGAACAAAUUGCACAGGCUCGCGAUACCCUCGUACUCCGCUUGGCGUUACAGCGUUGGCGUCAACGCACCGCUGCUAACCAGGACAUCUAUGCUCACGUGUCGCUUCUCUCUAAUAAACGGUGCCUGAAAGCCGCGAUGGAAGUGUGGAAGGUCAAGCUCAAAGAGAAGAAGCAGGCGGACUGGCGAAAUUCGAUGCGCGCACGGAUGAAGACCGUCCGCGAGCGCCGGGAAGCCAAAAUCUUGAAGGAUGCUUGGGCGAAAUGGCGACAGUCCUACCAAUCGCAUCUCUCUGCGCAGCACUACAAUGAACGUCUCGUGUCGAGAUACUUAAAGAGAUGGAGAGCUCGGCUGGCACUGCUGGAUGAAUUGGAUGCAGCGGCGGAGCACCUGGAAUACGUCAGGCAGGAGCGCCAAGUGGAGAAGUGUUGGGAUCUAUGGCGCAGGGCUCUCGGGAUGCGGAGACAGGAGAAAGUCAUGGCGGAGCGUGUUGACAUACGCAUCAUGGGUCAUGCCAUGGAUACAUGGAGAAACCGACUAAACCAGAAUCGUGUGGCGGACGAGUUCUACGAUGUGGUGAUUGUGAAGCGUGCCUUCGGGGCGUGGAAGGCUGCUCGCGAUCGGAUACGCGCACUCGAACAUCGCGCCGCGAAACAUGUAACACGUCAAGACGACCUCUUGGUACGAGCCGUUCUAAGAGUUUGGAAGGCUCAUGAACGGGGGAGGCUUCUGGACCGAGUCAGAAGUACGCGGCUGCUCAAGCAGGCGUGGGUUGUCUGGAAAGCACGCCUCCAGAAGCAGCGAGAGCUUGAAGACCUUGCGAUGGCCUUCCAUACGCGAUCAUCGUCCACCGUUACCACUGCGGCUCUGCAGAAAUGGCGUGGAGUUUAUAGCACACAUCGCAACGCUACCACUUUUGCCGUUCACUAUCACUCUGCGCAGCUGCAAUACAAGGCCCUCCUGACUUGGCGUCUCCAGCUUCGAGCGAAGCUGAAGAUGAUCAAGCAGGCGCGCAUAGCACAGAAGUUCUUCCUCCAGAGAAGAUACUUCAAGCUAUGGCUUAGCCGUGUGAAGCAGCAGCGAUUGGAGCGGACGCGCAAACGGUUCGAGAUGCGCGUGGCUCAGCGGUACUUCAUUGACUGGCUGGUUGUAACUCAGAAGCAGCGACAACGCAAGGUUGCCGAGGAGAUCAUCCGGCAACGUAUUGAUAUGCGUAUCAUAACGGCUGCUCUGUCGCACUGGCUUAACCGCGUCGUCGACAUCAAGGACCGCGAGCUCGAAGUGGCACAAAUGCGCGACAAAAGGGUCUUGUGUGCGUCCUUCAAAAAAUGGAAGGCAUUGUGCAUACGGCAUGUCGAGGAGCUGAGUCUCAUGGAGAGCUACCAGGACAUCAAGCGGGAAGAGAAUAUGCGGCGAAUGUUCUAUCGCUGGCUUGCAGCAGCCAAAAAGGCGCGACACAGGCGCCUGUACCUCCAACAGAGAGAGGACGAGCUGAAGACCACUGUCCUCGCAGCCGCGUGGGACAAAUGGAGGGAGCGCUUCCUGGAUAUCAGACUGCAACCGAUCGCGGACGACUUCCUGGUGCAGAGACAGAAGAACCCCAUGUUCCGUGCCUUUGGCAUUUGGCACUCAAAAACAAGGUCGCUGCCUGCAGUGCGGUUUGACGCGUACCAUACCAAACUCAAGGCAUGGAAAGACUGGCGCGCUGCUAUGCCCAACGCACUUCAGGCCAGGAAAGCCCGAGAGAUCGAUCGGCAUAAUGUACACGCUAAGGUCUUCGAAAAAUGGCACAAGGCAUACAGGACGAAAAUCGAACUCAAGGCUGUUGCUCGUGCGCGUUACCUCCGCCUCCCGAGUGCAGCUCCUCGCCAAGUCAUCGAACGGCCUCGCACGUCGGGCUUCCCCACUCGUAUGCGUUCCACAAGUCCUACGCUAGUAUCUCCUGUCACACCGGCAGACCCACCUGUCGCUCCGGCAAGACCGUUCGCAUUCAAGCAUGGCAUCGCCAGCUUGCUCUCUGCCCGUACAAAAUCCCCCGAGCGAGCAGGAAGACGCAACAUCCCCGUCCCAGGAUCCUCACGUCCGAAGCUGUCUACCCGCGCCAGUACGACGCGCGCAACGAGUCCCGCCCCCUCGCAAGCAUCCUCAGUCGACUUCAGAAAGGAGCCAGACCCGCCGAAAUCACGCGCUCGCGCAGGGUCAACUGCUUCGGGCGGGGACAUCGGGCGGAGCAGUCUCUGGCACGAACUUCGCGACAUGCAGCUGCGCUCGCGCCCAUUCUCAGAUCGGGCUCGGUCAAUCGAGCCGCCAUGACAGUGCGGUGGACCGUUGAUAUAUGGACGAUUAUAACUUAUUGCACGUAAGCUAUCGAUACAGGUAUGACAGACCCUCGACAUGGAUAUAUGUAGCAUGUUAUGCAAUCCGCAAUGGCCUUCGAAACGAGACGAACGACUGACAUUAGAGAGUUCAACAGUCACUACCGGCCGCCGAUCAGGCUCUUCCAAGUGUGCGCCUUCUCGAAACCGUUCUUGCCGAACUGGUCUA